GUAGAUGGAAGGACAGAAGAGUAACUUGACCCAGUACUUUUGAGCAAGCAAUUUUGUUCCUCAUUCUGUCCGGCUUCACUCCACAUCUCCCUUCCUUGUGCUCUGCUACCUUAUCCGGCUGCAAUGGCCGGCGACCGGAAAACGGAUGAAAACAAUGAGGUCAAGAAUGAACCGACAGAAGAAAUGGAAGAAAAGAAUCCUUCUUACAGUUCAGACUCCAACUCUGAAUCCGAAGAUGAAGUUUCUUUAGUCCAACCUAGAGAAUCCAGAGAUAGCAGAAAUGCAGCUGAUAAUAUUAGGGAUUUCAUGAAUGUCAUCAAUUCGAAGAGGAUACAGAGACGUAUGGAGGAAGAUGAGAGGGCUAGCCUUUUAGAGAAUGAACUCUUCGAAUUCCCAAAAGACCCCGAGAAAUGGAAGGAGGAGGAUCUGAAGGAGUUGUGGGCGGACCCUCCCGCUGGAAAUAGCAAAACCGGCUGGGACCCUAAUUUGGCUGACAAAGAGGAUAUAAGUACUGUGAGGCGGGAGAUUAAGGCGGGUCGGGACCCGCUGAUUGGCCCGUUUUACAUUCCUUACCGGAAGCCAUACCCUGCGAUACCAGAUAAUCACUACGACAUCUCGAACCCAAAGGGUGUGAUUGAAGAGCUUGAUAGAAUAGAGGAAUUCUUGAGAUGGGUCAGCUAUGUUUUUGAAGAUCAUAGCUCGUAUGAAGGCACUGUUUGGGAUGACAAGGCACAUGGAAAAGGUGUUUUUGUUGGUGAGAAAGGGCUGGUCAGGUAUGAAGGUGAAUGGCUUCAUAAUGAAAUGGAAGGGCAUGGGGUUGUUGAAGUAGAAAUUCCUUAUAUGCAACCCAUCCCCGGAUCCAAGCUAGAAAAGAAGAUGCGCGCUCAAGGGAGAAUUAUAAACCGAGAUUUCAUGACCCCUGAAGACAGAGAAUGGCUCGAAAUGGAUAUUGAAGAUAGUAUUGCAUUCACUGACGGACACUAUGAAACCCCUUUUUAUGAGAGAAAGGAGUGGAAGCUUUUGUUUGGAAAGAAGCCAGAGAAGGGUCUAUAUAGAUAUGCCGGUCAGUGGAAGCACGGGAGAAUGCAUGGCUGUGGUGUAUAUAAGGUCAAUGAACGAACAAUAUAUGGACGGUUCUACUUUGGAGAAUUUGUGGAGCGGGAUACUUAUGGGUGUGAUCUUGAAAUUUCUGCGAUGCAUUCCGGUUUAGCAGAGGUUGCUGCAGCGAAGGCUCGUAUGUUCACUAACAAACCUGAUGGAAUGGUGAGAGAGGAAAGAGGGCCUUAUGGUGAUCCUCAGCACCCCUAUUUUUAUGAAGAGGAUGAUGUGUGGAUGGCACCGGGCUUCAUCAACCAAUUUUAUGAAGUUCCUGAUUACUGGAAAAUGUAUGUGCAUGAGGUUGAUCAAGAAAGGGAAUUAUGGCUGAACUCUUUUUAUAAAGCUCCUUUGAGAUUACCUAUGCCUGCAGAGCUUGAAUACUGGUGGGCCAAUGAUGAAGAACCAGAAUUUGCUCUUAUUAACAAGGAACCAGAACCUGAUCCGGAAGAUCCAUCAAAACUCAUAUACACUGAAGAUCCCUUAAUCAUGCAUGUGCCAUCUGGAAGGAUCAUCGACUAUGUGGAUGAUGAGGAACAUGGUAUCCGAUUAUUUUGGGCACCUGAUGAUAAAGAGGGAGAUGUGGGCCCAGACACAGAAGCAGGGGAAGAAGAAAUCGAAUUUCUUCCACUUGGAUUUGAUGAGUUUUAUGGCAGAAAUGCAGAUGUGGUGGAGGAAGAUCACUUCUUGAAGAGUCUUGUGUUGUCUGUAGAAAAAGCUUUCGAACCGUUGUUAAGCAAACUGGAGAAAUGGGCAGAAGAGAAGAAGAAAGAUGUGGAGAUGAAGAUGGAGUUGAUAAAGAAGGAGCAUGAAUUGGCAGAAGCUGAAUCUGCUCUAAAUGAGGCUGUUGAUGAGUUGGACAGUGCCUUAAAGAUGAUGCAGGAAAUGGAGGAAAAGAAGGCGGCAGAAAUGGGCAUCCAUGAGGAGGAUGAAGAAGAAGAAGAUGAUGGCUCUCAAUCUAAACAACCCAACAAAUUUGAGAAAAAAAGGGAGGAAGAUUACAAAGAGGAAGACGAGGAAGAGGAGGGGGGUGAGGGCGAUGCUUCUUCAUUUAGUUUUGGGUCAGUUGAAAAUCAAGAAAAGGGACAAGAUGACCAGAAGAAUGGGAACAGAGAAGGUGGAAAGUCUCCAUUUGGAGCAUCUUCUUUGCCAUUUGCUGCAUGUUUUCUAGCUUCCCAAGUUCCUUGUAAGCUACAACAUUCAUUUAUGACAUGGAAGGAGGGGAAAGCAAGACAACAACCCUCUUCAACAACUGCUCUUCACUUCAACGGCCAAUGGACACCCAAUUCAGUCGCCUUUCCCAAUGCCACUGCUAAAAGUUGUAGGUUAAGAGCUGCACGAGACGUGCAUUACCAUGGAAAGCUGCCGAUGAUAGUGAAAUCUAAGCACGCAAUUCGGUUUAAGAAGAAUGCAUCUCAAGAAAUCCAAGAGGAAGAGAGCAGCUUUAGUAUAUUGUCCUUGCAUACACCCUUAGCGGCGUAGCGCCAGCCUUCUCAGUGGUUUAAUGUUUUCGGGUGUAUGGUAUACAUUUUUAUAUGAUUUUUGUGACAAUGCAAUUGUUGACAUUCAAUUUGUUUGAGAAUUAUUUUCUUGGCACUUUUGGUUCCAUUGGGAACUUGGGCAUUUAUAUUGGGGUUUUCAAGAACUUCGUAUAAGUACGGAGUGGUUGUGAUGCCACUACGGUGCUCCAAUGUUCCGUUUUAUAAAAUUGAAGGUUCUUAAUUUCGCACGCCUAGAACAAAUUGGUGGAAGUACAUAAAUGGAUAAUGUUAAA